AUGACCGUGAAGCGACCACUCUCCUCCAGGCACCUGGCCUGGCCCUUGCUGGGUGCCUGCGCCCUUGCCCUGUUGGCCGCAGCUGCCCUGGUGGGCCAUGCCCUGCUCUGUGAUUUCACCCUGGUGCCCCGAGAGCAGGGUGGGUUCUCCCGAGGGCUGAAGAAGGCUGAGCAGGCCGGCAAACGAGGGCCCUGGAAUGCCCCAGAGGGCCACCGCCCACCAGCACCCGCGCCCACCCAGUGUGACGUGCCCCCCAACAGGCGCUUCGACUGUGCCCCCGAGACCAUCAUCACUCGGGAGCAGUGUGAGGCACGCGGCUGCUGCUACGUCCCAGCGCAGAGAGACCCCCAGAGCCUCUCAAUGGGGCAGCCCUGGUGCUUCUUCCCUCCCAGCUACCCCAGCUACCGGCUGGAGAACCUCACAGCCACGGCCAUGGGCUACACGGCCACCCUGACACGCUCCGUGCCCACCUUCUACCCCAAGGACAUCCUGACCCUGCGCCUGGACGUGCUGAUGGAGACCGACAGCCGCCUCCACUUCACGAUCAAAGACCCCGCUAACAGGCGCUAUGAAGUCCCCCUGGAGACCCCUCGUGCACGCAGCCGGGCCCCUGCCCCUAUCUAUACCGUGGAGUUCUCGCAGGAGCCCUUCGGCCUGGUCAUACGUCGGAAGGUGGAUGGCCGCGUUCUGCUGAACACCACAGUGGCGCCCCUGUUUUUCGCCGACCAGUUCCUGCAGCUGUCCACCACCCUGCCCUCGCCGUACGUGGUGGGUCUCGCGGAGCACCUCAGCCCCCUGGUGCUCAACACCAACUGGACCAAGGUCACCCUCUGGAACCGGGACAUGGCCCCUGAGCCUGGCAAGAACCUGUACGGCUCCCACCCCUUCUACCUGGUGCUGGAGCCCGGGGGCUCGGCCCACGGAGUGUACCUGCUGAACAGCAACGCCAUGGACGUGGUCCUGCAGCCGAGCCCCGCCCUCAGCUGGAGGACAAUAGGUGGGAUCCUGGACAUGUACGUCUUCCUGGGGCCGGAGCCCAAGAGCGUGGUGCAGCAGUACCUGGACGUUGUGGGGCACCCGGCGAUGCCACCCUACUGGAGCCUGGGCUUCCACCUGUGCCGCUGGGGCUACUCCUCCACCACCGUCACCCGUGAGGUCCUGCAGAACAUGACCAGGGCCGGCUUCCCCCNGGAUGUCCAGUGGAACGACCUGGACUACAUGGACGCCAAGAGGGAUUUCACCUUCAACCAGGAUGGCUUCAGGGACUUCCCGGCCAUGGUGCAAGAGCUCCACCAGGGCGGCCGGCAUUACGUCAUGAUUGUGGACCCUGCCAUCAGCAGCUCGGGCCCUGCAGGGAGCUACAGACCCUACGAUGAGGGGCUGAGGAGAGGAGUCUUCAUCACCAAUGACACCCGGCAGCCACUGAUUGGAAAGGUGUGGCCCGGAGCCUGUGCCUUCCCCGACUUCACCAACCCCGAGGCUCAGCAGUGGUGGCAGGACAUGGUGGUAGAGUUCCACGGCCAGGUGCCCUUUGAUGGCAUGUGGAUCGACAUGAACGAGCCAUCCAACUUUGUGAAGGGCUCAGAGGUUGGCUGUCCUGACAAUGAGCUGGAGAACCCUCCCUAUGUGCCUGGUGUGGCAGGCGGAAGCCUCCAAGCGGCCACCAUCUGUGCCUCCGGCCAACAGCACUUGUCUUCCCACUACAACCUGCACAACCUGUACGGGCUGACCGAGGCCAUCGCCUCCCACAGGGCCCUGGUGGUGGCUCGGGGGAUGCGCCCUUUGGUGAUCUCCCGCUCGACCUUUGCUGGCCAUGGCCGAUAUGCAGGCCACUGGACAGGGGACGUGCAGAGCAGUUGGGAGCAUCUCGCCUUCUCAGUGCCAGAAACUCUGCUCUUUAACCUGCUGGGCGUGCCUCUGGUCGGCGCCGACAUCUGCGGCUUCCAGGGCAACACCACAGAGGAGCUGUGUGUACGCUGGACGCAGCUGGGGGCUUUCUACCCCUUCAUGCGCAACCACAACAGCUUGACCAGCCUGCCCCAGGAGCCGUACAGGUUCAGGGAGCCGGCGCAGCGUGCCAUGAGGAAGGCCUUCGCCCUGCGCUACGCGCUGCUGCCCCACCUCUACACACUGUUCCACCACGCCCACGUCGGGGCCCAGACCGUCGCCCGGCCCCUGUUCCUCGAGUUCCCCCAGGACCCCCGCACGUGGACUGUGGACCGCCAGCUCCUGUGGGGGGCAGCCCUCCUGGUCACUCCAGUUCUGGAGGCUGGGAAGACCCGAGUAACUGGCUACUUCCCUGAGGGCACGUGGUACGACUUGCAGACGGUGCCAGUGGACGCCCUGGGGAGCCUCCCACCAUCGCCCCCCACACCCUUCAAGGCAGCCAUCUUCAGCGAGGGACAGUGGGUGACACUGCCUGCCCCACUGGACACCAUCAAUGUCCACCUGCGGGCCGGGUACAUCCUCCCUCUGCAGGGCCCUGGCCUCACCACCACCGAGUCCCGCAAGCAGCCCCUGGCCCUGGUGGUGGCCCUGAAUGGCAGCGGGGAGGCCCACGGGGAGCUGUUCUGGGAUGACGGGGACAGCCUGGGCGUACUGGAGCGUGGAGACUACACUCUGGUGGUCUUUGUGGCAGAGAACAACACUGUGGCGAAUGAGCUGGUGCACAUGGACAGUGAGGGGGCCAGCUUGCAGCUCGGGAAGGUCACCGUGCUGGGCGUGGCCACAGCCCCAAAGCAGGUGGUCUCCAAUGGAGUCCCCGUCUCCAAUUUCACCUACAGCCCAGACACCAAGAUCCUGGAUGUCCCUGUCUCACUGUUGGUGAUCGAGCCAUUUAUCAUCGGCUGGUCCUGA